AGCUAAAGACUCUUCCCAGGCACUUCAGGUGGGACGGAAGAAAGGGUUUUGGAACCAUUAUUUUCUCAUCACAGAAGCAACUUAAAAUGCAUAGGAAGAUGGUCAUGAUCUUUGGAGCCUCAAAUAUACUUUGGAUGGUGUUUGCAGCUUCUCAAGCUUUUAAAAUUGAGAUCUUCCCUGAAUCUAAAAUUACAGCUCAGAUUGGUGACACCGUUUCCCUGACUUGCAGCACGACAGGCUGUGAGUUCCCAUCUUUCUCUUGGAGAACCCAGAUAGAUAGUCCACUGAAUGCAAAGGUGAGAAAUGAGGGGACCAGUUCCACGCUGACCAUGGAUCCUGUUGGUUUCGAGAAUGAACACUCUUACCUGUGCACAGCGACUUGUCCAUCUGGUAAAAAGGAAAAAGGAAUCCAGGUGGAGAUCUACUCUUUCCCUGAGGACCCAGAGAUCCGUUUGAGUGGCCUUCCAGAGGUUGGGAAACCAGUCACAGUCACGUGUUUGGUCCCAAAUGUUUACCCAUUUGACAGGCUGGAGAUGCAUUUACUGAAGGGCGACCAUCUCAUGAAGAAUCACGACUUUCCGGAACCUAUGGACAAAAAGUCCCUGGAAACCAAGAGUUUGGAAGUAACCUUUACUCCUACCAAUGAAGAUAUUGGAAAAACUCUUGUUUGCCAAGCUAAAUUACACAUUUAUGAAAUUGAUGCUAAGCCCAAAGAAAGGGAAACUACAAAAAAACUGGAAGUCUACAUCUCACCCAAGAACACAGUUAUCUCUGUGAAUCCCUCCACAAGGCUGCAAGAAGGUGAUUCCGUGACAAUGACGUGUUUCAGCGAAGGUCUACCAGCUCCACAGAUUCUCUGGAGCAAGACACUAGAUAAUGGGAAUCUACAGGUUCUUUCUGAAAAUGCAACUCUCACUUUAAUUGCUAUGAGGAUGGAAGAUUCUGGAAUUUAUGUGUGUGAAGGAGUUAAUCUGGCUGGAAGAGACAGAACGCAGGUGGAAUUACUUGUUCAAGAGAAACUGUUUACUGUUGAGGUCUCCCCGGGACCCCGGAUUGCUGCUCAGAUUGGCGACUCAGUCGUGUUGACAUGUCGUGUCACGGGCUGCGAGUCCCCAUCUUUCUCUUGGAGAACCCAGAUAGACAGCCCUCUGAGUGGGAAAGUGAGGAGUGAGGGGACCACAUCCAUGCUGACCCUGAGCCCUGUGAGUUUUGAGAACGAACAUUCUUACCUGUGCAUCGUGACCUGUGGGCGUAAGAAACUGGAAAAGGAAAUUAAGGUGGACCUCUACUCAUUCCCUAGAGAUCCGGAAAUUGAGAUGAGUGAUCUGCUAGUGGAUGGAAACUCAGUCACUGUAAGCUGCAAAGUUCCUGAUGUGUAUCCAUUUGACCGGCUGGAGAUUGAAUUACUUAAGGGGGAGAGUAUUAUGAAGAAUAAAAAUUUUUUGGAUGACGAGGAUAAUAAAUCCCUAGAGACCAAGAGUUUGGAAAUGGUCUUCAUCCCCUCCACUGAAGAUACUGGAAAAGUUCUUGUUUGUCAGGCUAAGUUACAUAUUGAUGAAAUGGAAUUUGAACCCAAACAAAGGCAGAGUACACAGACACUUUAUGUUAAUGUUGCCCCCAGGGAUACAACCAUCUUGGUCAGCCCCUCCUCCAUCCUGGAGGAAGGUAGUUCUGUGAAUAUGACAUGCUCUAGCAGUGGCCUUCCAGCUCCGAAAAUCCUGUGGUGGAGGCUGCAAAACGAUAGGGAUCCACAGCUUCUUUCUGAGAAUACAACUCUGACCUUAAUUUCAACAAAAAUUGAAGAUUCUGGUAUUUAUGUGUGUGAAGGGAUUAACCAGGCUGGAACAAGCAGAAAAGAAGUGGAAUUAAUUAUUCAAGUUGCUCCAAAAGACAUACAACUUACAGCUUUUCCUUCUGAGAGCGUCAAGGAAGGAGACACUGUCAUUAUCUCCUGUACAUGUGGAAAUGUUCCCCAGACUUGGAUAAUCCUGAAGAAAAAAGCAAAGACAGGAGAUACAGUACUAAAGUCUACAGAUGGUGCAUAUACCAUCCACAAGGCCCAGUUAGAGGAUGCAGGAGUGUACGAAUGUGAAUCUAAAAAUGAAGUUGGCUUGCAGUUAAGAAGUAUAACACUUGAUGUUAAAGGAAGAGAAAAUAACAAGGACUAUUUUUCUCCUGAACUUCUCGUGCUGUAUUGUGCAUCCUCCUUAAUAAUACCCGCCAUUGGAAUGAUCAUUUACUUUGCAAGAAAAGCCAAUAUGAAAGGGUCAUACAGUCUUGUAGAAGCACAGAAAUCAAAAGUGUAACUAAUGUUUGAAACGUUCAACCAGAGACACUAUUUAUCAGUCCAAAUCCUUAAUAUUACUCAUCAUUCCAUGAGGAAAACAACAAGCUGAAAGUCUAGAUUUCCCUAAAUGUAGUGAACUCUUGGAAGGAAAUGGCUACCUACGCCACUUGCUGUGAACAAGAAGCCAAAGGAAAACUUUCUGCCCAAGAAAUAGGCACUACCAUUGAGAAGUGAUGGCUGGAGUCGUUCCUUGAUGUGUAUAUACAAUCACAUGAUCUGUACAUAUGUAAAAUAAAAUUAUGCCAUAGCAAGAUUGCAUGGAAUCGCAACAGUCUAUAGUCAGAUGCCUAAAAUAAUUAAACAGUGUUGCUUGGACUGACUAUUGUAACUUAAUACAUCUUAGGAAAAUUUAACAUUAAUAUUGACUGGCAGCUGACCUAUGUCAUCUUUCUUAUAUUUUAUUUCCUUUAACAAAAUUUAAUUCCUAUAAAGUUCACUGAAAAUAAUUUCAUGGUUUGUAAAGAUCCAAGGGUUUCAUAUUUUUAUAGGUAAAUGAUAAACCAAGAGGGCACUGGUUAACUUUCAGGUACUAAACACUUGAACCUGUGGUAUAAUGGUUGGCUGGAUUUCUCUGGAUGGUACUGACAUGGUACGGAGACCUGUUAACGAUUUUUGUUCAUCAGACUGUUAUGUGACUUCCCUAAUGUGGCCUAAAAAUGCAACUCCUUUUAAUUUUCUUUUAUUUGUAAAUGUUUAGUCUUUUUGUAUAGUAAAGUGAUAAUUU